AUGCACAUGUACGGCGGUGCAUCCACCGCCAACACCGUGCGCCUGGUGCUGGAGAUAUUCUACGUGCUGGGGCUGCUGUGGAACGUGUAUGGUGAGGCAUGCGAGAUGAUGGAUCACGUGCGCAUGGAGGGCACUGUGCUUGGGUACUUUGGCCUCGUGUGGAACUGGGCGGAUCUCUUUUCGCUCGCGCUGCAGUUCACUGCCAUUGCCAUCUGGAUGGUGCUGUGGCGGGCAGUAGAGGCAUUCGACAUGCAGCCGCGCUACAACAUCUACUACUCGCUGCUCGAGAUGCCGCGCUACUGGGCUGUGCCCAACCCGCCCACGGGGUUCAUGCUGGCGGCACAGGCGUUUGUAGACCUGCGCUACAUCAUCAACCUGCGCGCCGUGUACUUUGCCCUGCAAGGCAUCAACCUGUUCCUCAUGAUGGUGCGCCUGCUCAAGUUCAUGGACUUCCAGCCUUACCUGGGGGUCAUCACGCGCUCGCUCGCCCUCGCCACGCCCUCGCUACUGCACUUCUUCCUGCUCUCCUUUGCCGUCUUCUUCUGCUUCAGCAUGUACGCCUACCUCGUCUUCGGAGGCGCUCUCGAGCAGUUCUCCACGGUCCUCACCUCCAUGUUCUCCUGCUUCCUGCUGCUCCUCAACGACAACUCCUCCACCUACUUCUUCCAGCGCCUCGAGUCCUGGGACCUCAUAGCAGCCAUGCUCUUCUUCUUCAUGUUCAUUGUGCUCAUGGUCUUCAUCCUUCUCAACUUCCUCAUCGCCAUCAUCGUCGACGCGUUCAUGAGCGUCAAGGACAGCAAUGUCGUCGCCACCUCUAUCACAUCUGACAUCGCGCACGUAUGCAAGUACAAGUGGAACUGCUGGUGGGGGCGUUACAUGCCGUACUCGCACCUGCUGCAGCAUCUCGUGAACCUGGGCGCCAAGGACACACGCUUGGACGAGGCGGACCGUCUGAUGCGCCGCUUCAAGUCGAUCCGACAGCGAGUGGGUUCUGCGUUUUCCGUCCGGGUUGGCAGCGGCCACAGGGCUUCCGCGUCGCACUUCACGCGUGCAGACUCGCAUCCUGCCUUCCCUGCGGCGUCUGUGCCUCGGGUGCGGAAGCAGCACGUGCUGACUGUGAAAGAGAAGCGCAUCAAUGCCAUCUCCCUCUCCAUCAUCUUGCAGCGACGCCUCUUCCGCGAGCGAUCCCGCGGGCACCAGCCAAGCGCCAUGAAGCCAUCCGACCCAUUGUGUUCUGCCACCACAUGCUCAUCUGUGGACCCGGGCGUGCACGACACGGGAAUGGAGGAGCUAUCGCAGGCGCUGGUGCUGCAGUGUGGGGAGGUGGUGAAGCAGUCGGCCCUGCCAGUCAAGAAGCCGGUGCAGAAGCUCAGCUUGGCAUGUAUCAAGGAGGAGGUGGUGCGGAGCCAGCAUGCGGUGGAGGAGGUGAGGGGCAUGGUGGUGGAGCUGCAGGGCGAGGUGCGCGGCAUGAUGGCCAGCGUGCGCAGCGACAGGCGCAUGACCCUUCUAUUCUCCCACAACUCUGCCGCCUCCGCCGCCGGUCCUGCCGCUGCCGACACUGCUGCUGGUCCUCCUCUUCCUGGUGCCGCUGUGCCUGGUGCCACUGCUGCUGGUGUAUCAGCAUCGAUGGUACGUCCUUCCAAGCGGGAGCCACCCCCCCAUGCUUCCCCCAUGCACUCCACACUGACGCAACGGUCGCCUGAGCACAGGCUGUGCCAGAAAAGGCUGAGCGCAGAGGGCAGGGAUGAAGGGGACGAUUUGCAGCAGGCAGUAGGUAGAUCAGGUGGUGCAAGGAUAGGAGCAGGCAGUGGAGGAGUUGAGGGGCAUGGUGAUGGACUUACAGAGCGAGAGCACGGGCUGGGCCAGAAAAGGCUGCAUGCAGAGAGCAGGGAUGAAGGGGGCGAUGGCAUGGCAGGAGAUGAGGGGGCGGCUGGGGAUUUGCAGCAGGCAGUAGGUAGUAGUUCAGGUGGUGCAAGGAUAGGUAGGAGCUUGUCUGGCAAACGGGGGUCGGGUAGACGAGUUUCAUUCCGCGACGGCACAAUGGAUGAUUGUGAUGAUGAGGGUGCUUUGAAUAGAAAAGAAACGCAGCAACAGUCGUUAAUAGAGAAGGCCAAAUAUUACUAA